AACGGCUAUACUGCAUCCAACGGCUGAUCAACAUUUCUGAUAACUUAUCAUAAUCCAAAUCAAAAUCGGUUCAAGGCACCCCCCUGCCAAUGGAGCAGAUCAGGCCGCAUAUUCUAAUCAUUGAACCCUUCUAUGGAGGAAGUCACAAGCAGCUGAUUAGCACCUUAGUUGAUAGUUUACAUCCGGAGGAAUAUGAGAUAUAUACUCUGCCGGCUAAGAAGUGGCACUGGAGGGCACGAAGUUCAGCGCUUUAUUUCUCCCAGGUCAUUCCGCAGGAUCAUAGCUACCGGGUUCUGUUCACCAGUUCCGUGCUCAGUCUCGCGGAGCUGAUCGGCAUCCGGCCGGAUCUGGCCACGUGCCGGAAGGUCGUCUACUUCCAUGAAAACCAACUCAUCUAUCCUGUGCGGGAAGUCAAGGAGCGGGACUGUCAGUACGGGCUGAAUGAAAUCCUCACCUGCCUGGCAGCCGACUUGGUGCUUUUCAACUCCCACUUUAAUCGAAGCUCGUUUCUGGACAACGUGAAGCCCUUCCUCAACAUCCAGCCAGACUUCCGGGUGAAAAACAUCCGCGAGAAGAUUGAAAGUAAAUGCGAAGUUCUUUAUUUUCCCAUUAACUUUAAAGUCUUCCCUGAUCAGCGACCAGUUGAGGAUUCUACAGAUACAAAAGACGCCCUGCAUCUGGUCUGGCCCCAUCGCUGGGAGCACGAUAAGAAUCCGGAACUCCUGGUCGAAGUGCUGCUGGAGCUGGUCAACCGCAACGCUGACUUCCAGGUUACCAUCUGCGGUGAGAGCUACCAGGAAGUUCCGGAGGCUUUCGACAGCUUAAAAGAAAAGCUGGGCGAAAAGCUUAUUAACUUUGGCCACCUAACUCGGGAUGAAUAUGUGAGGACUCUGCUCUCCGGCGACAUUGUUAUCUCCACAGCCAUACACGAAUUUUACGGCGUAGCCAUGCUGGAGGCGGCUUACUGCGGUUGCUAUCCACUAGCCCCCAAUAAACUGGUGUAUCCGGAAAUCUAUCCCAAGGAGAAUCUUUACAACACAACGAAUGCCUUGGUGAAGAUGCUUUCCAACUGGUGCAGAAAUCCAACCGCUUUUCGGAGGAUUCGUGAUAAAUUUCGGAUGAAGUUCUCUUUUGAAAAGUAUUCGGCGCAAUUUCUGGUUUCCAGAUAUUUUGAGAAAAUGAAUAUUAAAGAAUUACGACCAGAAAAAAUAAGUUAAAAUUGUUAAAAUAAAUUUUUAGUUCUCGUAA